CACUGAGCACUCUGGGAUAGAAUACAGCCAGCAUGGACUUGAGUGGCUUUAGAAGCCUCGUCAAUGGGCCCAUGGGUCUCGAUGAUGCCCAGGAAGGCAUUCCCGUUGGCCCCAUGGAUUCGAUCUCCUUGCAAUUGAAGGCAAUCGGCAACGCAGCUACAGCACCUCCGAAGCCUGUAUUAUACGACUUCCGCUACGAUGAUGAAGACACCGUCUUUAAUGAGAUUGAAGAGUUCUAUUCAUACGCCGAGGUCCCACAAGUCGAGGAGAACAUUAAAGCAUGGCAAGGGUCCUUUUCAGGGGAAUGGACCACAGCUUCACCUGAAGUGCGCAAUGCGCAUGUGCAAUUGUUGUUGGAGAGCCUGGAACAUCGAAAUGCUGAGAAACGGUUUAUCAACUCUCGCCGCCUCCUAUAUCUGCUGCAAGGCUCGUGCGUCGAGACAUCAUCAACGGAAGACCAGCAUUACUGGAUGAUCCAGAACUGCAACAUGGUCAGAGGUUCCGAUGGUAUCAGCAACAUCGUGGACGCACUGCUCAUUGCAAGCUCUAAACACGAUAUGUUGAGCAAUCUGUCCGACCAUGAUCUUAAGAAUCUUGGAGUAUCACCCAACGACAAACAAGAUUUGAUCGAGGAAGUCAACACCGAAAUUUCAAUAUAUCUGAAUCUUUUAUACCAUCUGGUUGAAGUUUUCAAGGGCGAUCGAGACUUUGGCGAUGAGCUUAUGUCAUUGGAAACACCUUUACCUGUUACUCUAUUCAAUCUGGUUGCUGCGCUCAAGGAGAAAAGUGCCAAAGGUUACCCCGUCAAGAAGCUGCUCAUUGUUUUGUGGAAGUCACUUCUAGCCUGUUUGGGUGGACUUCGGGAACUACGGAGGGCGAAGACACUGGCGCGCGAGUUGGCAGGACUUGAAGGGGAUGACGGUGAUGAUGCGAUAUGCAAGUCCACACCAAUGGAUCUGCAGCUAUAUCAUCAAGAACUAACUCAGAAAUAUCCAACGUUCGCUGCAGCCCAGCGCCCCGAAAUCCCUGCGGAGAGAUAUGCGACAGCGUUAGCGCCAAUACCUGUGCGACCGCAUUACCACUACAACCCCCCGGAAGAUGAGUUUCCUCAGCGCUUCGAUGCACGCCCAGGCUACGGCCAACCAACUGCACCUUUUCCCGUGACACCAGCACCUUCGCCACCUCCUCAACAACUGCAAAUGAGUGGUAAGCCGAAGAAACAGCAAUAUCAGACCGAUAAUACAAAGCCAUUUGUAUUCCCUUUCAGUCGAAACUCACGCCAGACUGUUCCGUACGCGAUUGAAGAGGCCGACAAGCUUUACAUCAGGCAUAUGCAUGUCUCCCUUUCUGUUUACCAGAUGUGGAAGACCAGAGAAGACUUUAUUCGUGAUGAAGGCGGAAUGAGCCCUUUGCCUGAGACAGAGAUGGAAGAGGCACCCUACGAUCCUCGAGACGAGAGUCAAGGAAGGGCUUUCCGAGACAUCAUUCGUCUGGAGAAAGCCAUUGCGGCCGUUGAUCAGCAGCUUAAGGUUGCUGAAGCCCAGGGCAACCAGUCUCAAUGCAAUAAGCUUCGGGAAAAGGGGGAGGACUUGCUCAGGCUACGACGUGUUGAGACCAUAUACUCCGGAGUUCUUCCUGUGCUGCAAAGCAGUGUCGUCGUGCUGCUCAAAUUGUUGCUGGCCACCGUCACAGCAAGUGGCCCGAAUCCUCCUCCCAACCCCCCCGUUGGGUCACAGACCGAGCCUCCUCCUCCUCCCUCAUUGACAUUAGAGGAGAUCGAUGUAAUACGUCAUCGAGAAAUCACGUCGAAAGCGGUAUCCGCCAUCCUAUUGCUGUCCCUAAAAUGGUUCAAAGUGUCGAACAUCAUGAAGUUCCACCACCUCGGACAACUCCUCUUGGACUCCAAUUGCCUGCUUCUUGUACUGAAAAUGUUUGGAUUGCAAGAGGUGUCUACGACAGUCACGGCUAAACAUGAUUCCCCUCCCCACAACUUCUUCAGGUAUUGUCAAGAAAAUCAUGCGAAGAACGCGCAUAAACCACGGCCUGAAGACUCCAUGCUCUCUCCUCCACGUGUAUCUGCACGACUUAAUGGUCAAUCAAAUGGUACACAACCUGACGGCGAUGUCGAGGUCAUAACCGAGUAUUCUUGGAGAAACUUCUUCACGAGCAUCAAUUUUGUCAAAAUUAUGCAGAAGCUCUCAAAGCAUCGCUCCCAUCGGAUAUGGUUACUUGUUCAGUACAAGAGCUCAGCUAUCUUGAAGCGAAUUCUCAAGGUCUCGCACCCCAUGCUGCAGCUGUUCGUGCUGAAGAUCAUCAAGAGUCAAGUGCCGUUUUGUGGUCGUAAGUGGCGGCAAUCGAAUAUGAAGGUAAUCACGUCAAUAUACCUCAACUGCAGACCGGAGUUACGGGACGAGUGGCUGACAGGGAACGAGGUGGAUGAUGUCACCGAUGCUCUGGCCCAGGAACAGGCGUUACGAUCACUGGUCAAGUUUUAUAAUACUAAACGUUACGCGCCAGCACAGCCUUUGGCAUCCCCUGCUAUGCCGCCGCCUCAUCGUCGCUCAAUAAGCCAGACUGGUGUGCCGACAAUCGAUGGUCUAGCAGCUGGGCCUGAGCUCACCAACAUCUCACGAACGGGACCACCUGCGGAUGCCGAUGUGUUUCCUCCAAUGCGCUCUCGUGCUUCCGAUCCCUCCUUCUUCCUUCCGUCUAUCCCUGAAGAUGCCGCAUUUGAGGAAGAGUAUGAGGACUACCUAUCCGACUUAUCAGAUGACGGGUAUCAAGAUGGUUGGGGUUCGCCGCUCAAUCGUUCUCCUGUGUCUUCGCCCCACCAAGAGCGGCCUCCAACCAAAGCCGCCUCGGCAUGGCAGCAACUGUCAACUGGAGGACUCGACGUAGCAGAUGGCAUCAGCGAUAGCGAAAGCAUUGCCUCCAUCGGCGAAUUAGGUGAUGAUGCCAGAGCCACAGCUGCCGACCCAUCACAAGUCAUACUAGCGGACGAGAAUGUGAAUCAGUGGGAGCACCUCAGUCCCAAAACUCUUUCUGCCCUGCCAAAAUCGCCCGGCACACAUCCUCGUCGGACGAGCUCGGGUGGCACAUCGUUGCGUCCUGUUCUGCCGUUUGGUCUGGAUGAUGGAAGUGCAAUCGAUAUCGAGGAAGAAGAGCCUGAACUGGGCCCCAUUAAGAAAGGUAGUGAGGCACCGUUUGCUGCUCAAGAAGGUGGCAAAGGCGUCGACGAAGUUGAGUACUUGUAUGGUGAAUAACGAACGAAGAGGUUGGAUAUCCACAAGUAUACAUACCCCGAGCAUUCAUGAUGUAUUCUCCACGGACUGUUUCCCUUGACUUGACAGCUAUGCAUUUUCAAUAUGACAGUAU